CACGGGAGUCGCUGCAGAGCCCGUCGGGGUGGGUGCCGCUGCUGCUGGCCCUGCUGCACGAGUACACGAGCAGCAGCUCCCGCUGGCGGCCUUACUUCGCGCUCUGGCCGGACUUCAGGAGCUUGGAUCACCCCAUGUUCUGGCCUGAAGAGGAGCGGAGGAGGCUCCUGCAGGGCACAGGCAUCCCAGAAGCAGUAGACAAGGACCUCGUCAACAUCCAGCUGGAGUACAGCUCCAUCAUCCUGCCCUUCAUGCAGUCCCACCCCGACAUCUUUGACCCCAAGGUGCACACGCUGGAGCUGUACAAGGAACUGGUGGCAUUUGUCAUGGCCUACAGCUUUCAGGAGCCUCUGGAGGAAGAGGAUGAAGAUGAGAAGGGUCCCAACCCUCCCAUGAUGGUGCCGGUCGCAGACAUCCUGAACCAUGUGGCCAACCACAACGCCAACCUGGAGUACACGCCGAAGUGUUUGCGGAUGGUCACUACCAAACCCAUCAGCAAAGGACAAGAGAUCUUCAACACGUAUGGCCAGCUGGCCAACUGGCAGCUCCUGCACAUGUACGGCUUUGCAGAGCCCUACCCUGGCAACACCAACGACACGGCCGACAUCCAGAUGGUGACAGUGCGCAGAGCGGCACUGCGGCGUGCCAAGAGUGAAGCAGAGCAGAAACUGGUGUCAGAGCAGUGGGACUUCCUGUGCCAGCUGGAAAUGGUUGGGGAGGAAGGUGCCUUUGUGCUCGGCUGGGAUGAGGUGCUGACAGAGGAGGAGCUGUCCGUGACACUGAAGGUGCUGUGCAUGUCCCAGGAAGAAUUCCAGGAGUAUAAGGAGCAGGAUGGCUGGGAAGACGACACUGAUGAGGAGGAGAACUCUCUUCUUUCUAAUGAAGCUCUUUCCAGACUGAAAAGCCCUUGCAAGAAGCUCCUUUGCGACAGCGUGCUGCUGACUCUGGAGUCCUACAGCUCAGACUUGAAAGCAGAUCAGGACUUGCUAAAUAACAAGGAGGCUUUUGAGGGGCUGAGCCGCAGGGAGCAGCAAGCCUUGCACGUGCGCUAUGGCCAGAAGAGGAUCCUGCAUCGGCUCCUGGAGCUCGUGCAGUAG